AUCGAUCGACCGCCCGCCUGGUGCAGCAACUUUCGUGAAGUUAACUUGGACUAAAGUGAACUUUUCGAAGCAUUUCAAAGCACUUAUGAUACAUUUGACAGUGUUGUUGUUUUUUUUAUUGUCCUACAACACUCAAGUCAAGUCGCAUUGAUGUAAAAUGAUACAUUUUAUGAAUCAAAUGUAUUAUUACAAUUGUGGUAGUUUUGGGGGCUGGAACAGAUCAAUGGAAUUUCAAUUUUUCGAUUUCAUUAGGGUAAAUUGAGUAAAUUUAGAGUUACGAGAUUGGUCACGGAAUGAAUUCAACUUGUAAGUCAAGUUAGCGCCGUAGUUGCAAAAAAAAAAACCCCAAAAAACUGCUGUGCUCAGGGCCCGACCGAUUAAUCGGCAGCAGAUUUAAUCAGCCGAUAUGAACCCUUUUAAAAACAUUUGCUGAAUGAUUUUUUGACACAUUAACAUGAGAUGAGAAGAUGAGACAAAGAAAGACACAUCCAUCCAGUCUUUUUGAAAAGAGAACUUUAAGACAAAGCCAAGGCGGCAUCAAAACAAUGGCCGAUUAUGAUGAUUUGCGUCUUCCAAUUAUUUGAAAAUGACCCAUUUAGGGUCGACGACGACGGGGUCGGCUCGGCGGCAGACGGUCACGUGAGCGCGUGGAGGCUACAGACAGGACGUGGAAGUAGGACAGACUGACUCGGCGUGUUGGGGGUCAAAGGGUGCCUUGAUUUUUAGCAUCAAAAGUCAUGAAAUCCCAGGGGCAUCACUUCUAUAAAUAGAUACCUAUAGAUAUAUAGGAAUAAGUCACCUUUAUUGUCAUUGGAGAGGUACAAUUCAAUUUUGGCAGCGCAAGCCUGCAGAUGCCUAAAAAAAAGCCAAAGGUCCAUCCAUCCAUUUUCUGAACUGGUCGCCCGCCAAUCGCAGGGCACGCUCGACAGUCACACCUCAUUUAGGCAAUUAAGGCUUCAAUCAAUCUGUAGUGUGACACGCGGACACGGGGAGAACACGCAAAGUCCACACACGUGCACGUGAUGGAAUACAGUGUGAAAGAGCAGACAUUAGACGACACUGCACUAAAUAGCAUAGCUGACUAGCUCAGGCAGCCUAUUGUAAAGAGCGACCCGUGCAACGGGUUUUACAGGAUAAGGUGUACAUUGUACAUAGAAAUAACUAUUAUUGGUGUGACUUGGGAGCGCGUGUACCUCCGUAUCAGAAGGUUUCGCGUUGAGACUGACGUCACGGUGAAGCUUUGAUGAUGCUUUUAUUUUUCCGUGUUUCCGCGCGACUGUUGUACUUCCCCUACACGGAAGCAAAACCGGAAGUUAAAUAGUGACUGCACGCAUACAGACGUGGCCUUUUAAACACACACGAUUGGAUGUUAUUGUAUUUUUACGGCCAUUUGAUGCUCAUUUGAAUGUUCUAAAAUGUAAAACACGACUUUUAUGCCAAGUAAGAAUACGGCGCCCUGGUUCGCGUGCUGUUGCCACGGAAACGUCACGUGGCGCGAGCUAGUCGCCGAACUUCGUGUUAGCUAGCUAAAGCGUCCUGAACAUUCUGUACCCUGAAAGCAAAGUUUGCCACAAACAAAGUCGAGAACACAUCGGGACUGAAGAGCUCAACAUCCUGGCUACUUGUGUGUUUGUUUGUUUGUCUUUCUUUGCCACAAGACGACCAGUUAGCUUGUUAGCAUGUCGGAGGAGGAGCAGCAGCACAAGCUGAAGAUUUCAAGCAGCUCGGACGACAAAAAGAAGAGGAGGAGGAGAAAGAAAAGAAAGAAGAGGAAGAAACACACACCUCCACAAUACCCAGUUGACCCAAACCCAGCGGUCAAGCCCCCCGAGCCGGCCGUGCGGGUGACCCCGGUGCCCCGAGGUCAAACGUCCAAACGGCGAGCAACGUGCAAGAAGAGCAAAGACCCCCCGAGAGAGCCUCCGCCCCCCGCCGACGACAUCCCCCCCGGCAAGGAUCCGGCUGCGGCGCCGGACGAGACGGCGCAGGACGCGCAGGUGAGGGAGUGCCUGAGGUGGGCGGGGGUCCUGCAGGACCCCCGGGCGGAGGAGGAGAGGCUGGAAGCGUACCGGGCCAACAGGAGGCGGCGUUACGCAGCCCAGCGAGACGCUCGGCGGGCGGCCGCCCGGACCCCGCCCGCGGGCCCCCCGCCUCUCUUGAGUCGCGACGCGCUCUGAAAGACAAACUCGCUCUGCGGGUCGCCACCGUCGACGUGGACGUGCUGACUUCGACAACAACAAUUUCAUUUGUAUUCUUUUUUUAAACAAGCACAUCAGAAGCUUUGUAGGAAUCAUUUGUCUGCCUUUGUCUUUUUGAAGGAGCAAGUCUCCAUGUUAAGGCUGUGUAAAGAAUAUGAACUCAUUAAAACUGGUGCAUGUGUUGGCAUCACAAGCAGA